AUGAAAAGCACACCUCUGAUUAUCAAUUGGCAUGACCAGAACGCCCCAGUCUAUUCCGCACAUUUCGAGCAGUCAGGCAAGGGGCGGCUGGCUACGGCUGGAGGGGACAACAACGUCAGGAUAUGGAAAGUCGAGGGCAACGGCGAGGAUCGCAAGGUCGAGUACCUGUCCACCUUGUCCAAGCACACACAGGCAGUCAACGUCGUACGAUGGUCACCCAAGGGGGAUAUGCUCGCAUCCGCGGGUGACGACGGCAAUGUCAUCCUCUGGGUGCCCGCCGAGCACCAUGCCGGUCCAGCAUUCGGCAACGAGGGCCUCGAGGACAAGGAGACAUGGCGAACCAAACACAUGUGCCGCUCGAGUGGCUCCGAGAUAUACGACUUGGCAUGGUCGCCCGACGGUACAUACUUUAUCAUCGGCAGCAUGGACAACAUCACGCGCAUCUACAACGCCAGCUCCGGCGUCUUGAUACGCCAAAUCGCCGAGCAUAGCCACUACGUGCAAGGCGUGACGUGGGACCCCUUGAACGAGUUCGUCGCCACACAGUCGUCAGAUCGAUCUGUUCACGUCUAUUCUCUCAAAACGAAGGACGGACAGUACACUCUAAGCGGUUCACACGACGACAAACCAUCCAAAAUCGCGAGCCACAACAAGAGUGAACUGCCGCCACGGCGCAUCUCAUCCAGCAGUCCGGCGCCUCCCGAGUUCGGCUUCCGCUCCACCUACCUGGCCGUCGAUGGCACUGCUGGCUCUCCCGUGCCAUCUGCUCCCGGGACGCCGACCUCCAUUGCGCUUCCCAUGAACCCGCCCAGCGUCAUCAGCCACAGCCGGCGAUCUUCCUUCUCUUCCUCGGCAAGGAGGUCUCCCUCCCCCGCACCGUCCAUGCCUCUGCCGGCUGUCAUGCCGAUGGAACCGUCUCCGAAGCCACAUGCCUCUGCGAACCCGAGCCAUGGUACCAAGAACGCCAGCCUGUAUGCGAACGAGACGCUGACAUCCUUCUUCCGGCGGUUGACCUUCACCCCCGACGGCAGCCUGCUCUUGACGCCCGCAGGGCAGUAUCAAAGCCAGCACGUCGCCGACGCCAAAUCUACCUACGAAGUCACGAACACAGUCUACAUUUACAGCAGGGGCGGCAUCAACAAGGCCCCGGUUGCCCAUUUGCCAGGCCACAAGAAGCCGUCGGUGGUCGUCAAGUGCUCACCCAUCUUUUACACCAUGCGAACGGCGCCUGUAGUAACGAAAAACAUCACCAUUGACACGUCGUCGGCAGAAGAACCCAUUCCGGCUUUGCCAGAGCCCGUUUCCAAACAGUCUCCUGGAUCAUCCGUCAUGGACCCGCCGCCGCCACCUGGGUCAUCCUCAGAACAGCAGGCAUCGAGUGCGACACAGGUCAGGCCGAGCACGGAAUGCCCUGUAGCAGCACCCGGGCCAAAGGCUGCCUUCGCCCUGCCUUAUCGUAUGAUUUACGCCGUCGGCACACAAGACUCCGUUCUGCUCUAUGAUACGCAGCAACAGACGCCCAUCUGUGUCGUCAGUAACCUUCACUUGGCGACGUUCACAGAUUUGGCCUGGUCAAGUGACGGUCUGACGCUGCUCAUCACUUCAUCUGACGGAUUUUGUUCCACUCUCUCAUUUUCCCCUGGGGAGCUCGGCCAAGUCUAUCAGGGCGAGGUGCCGACGGCGAAGAAUCCUGUGCUAGGCGCCACUCCUUCAUCAAACCAGAACACACCCGUGCCGACGCCUACCUCGGUCUUCGCUCCACCAUCACCUUUCCCCAACAAUGGUCUGCCACAACAGCAGCGGACUUCGGCGGGCGCAAUGACAGCGCCAUCCCCGCCGUCUCAUGCAGGCUUUGCCAAUCCUCCUCCUCAGUCACCCGCUCGGUCAAACUCGACAUCGUCUGUCGCCACGCAAUCGUCUGCGGCCCAGCCAGGGGUUACGACGAAUCCGUCCCUGAUCGUUGGCAGUAUGCCCAGUAUCACAGCGACCAACUCGGGUAAGAUUACGGGGGUGCCACUGACGACGCCGCCCGAAACUCCCAGCACAGCUGCCACGCAGCCCAGUGGUGUCAAGCGGGAAGCCAGCGACGGGGACAAGGACGGAAGCCAGCCCAAGAAGAGACGAAUCGCCCCCACGCUUGUUGAGGAGAAGAAGCCUUGA